UUUUGUUGUUCAUUUUCCUGUCCCUUGCAACUCCAUCAAUUUCGGAGCCUGACGAUGUGAUUAUACAAGUGCUAUAUAAACCCAAAGACUGCAAAGACAUUGGGCAACAUGGGGACGUUAUGCAUGUUCAGUAUUUGGGACGAUUUUUUGAUAGCAAGAAAACGUUUGAUUCCAGCUACCGUCGUAACAAUGUGCCAUUUUACUACACACUUGGCGUUGGUGGUGUCAUUGAAGGGUACCAAAUUGGAACAAAAAACAUGUGUAUCAACGAGCGACGUCGACUGAUUGUACCCAGCAAAUAUGCUUAUGGCAAGACAGGAACAGAUAACAUUCCUGGCUAUUCCACCUUGAUGUUUGAUGUUCACCUCGUGCAAAUCAAUAAGUCCCCUCCAAGUUACCCAGUCCCUAUUGAUUUGCCAAAAGAAACUAUUUCGGAAGGUAACCAGAGUUGUCAAAACCCUAUAAAGAUCGGUGACCUUGUCGAAAUAACAUUUAUUGGAAGCCUACCAGAUGGGAAAGUCUUUGACAAUGGUACAAUGACACCACUCAAGUUCAUAUUGGGUUCAGGACAGAUACUGAAAGGCAUUGAAGAAGGACUCGUUAAUUUUUGCAAAGAAAGCAAUAUAAUAAUUGAGAUACCACCUGCUAAAGCUUAUGGUGACAGAUGGGAAGGUCCGGUCCCUCAAUGGUCAUACGUUUUCUACAAUGUCACUGUAACCAAGCACAUUGUGCGAGAUGAGAUUGAGGAUGGAGAAGCAAGCCUGCAAUGUGAGAACCUUCACAUUCCUUCUGACUGUGAUGCAGGCUACAAAGUACAAGCUGGUGAUUAUGUGGAACUGUCAUACAAAGUGAUUAACAAAGAAAAGGAGGUUCUUGGAGACAGCGAAAUAAGAUAUCCAGUUGGAAGAAUGGUGAUUGUUCCUGGAUGGGAUGUUGCUAUUCUAGGCAGUUGUGUGGGGCAGCUCAAAAUGUGCUGGAUUCCUAGUUCUUUGGCACACAAAUUGGGAACAUCUCUGUUCUUAGCUAUCCCAGAAAAAGGAUUCUUUUCUGAAUUGAAGGUUACCAAAAUUUUGUUAACUGCUGACAACAGAGAUAGUGUUGAUCUGUUGGAUGGAGAAAGCAAGGCCAGUGGAAAUAUUGUUAAUGCUGACAAUGGUCCUACUAUUACCAAAACAGUUCUUGAUACUGCACCAGCAGCCCACACUGAACUUUAGAUGGAUUGUAACCAGUAAAACCAUGAACAACCUGUACUAAAAGGGAAAUAUUAUUGUAUAUCAUUUAGAAAUAACUUCUAGUUAAAAUACUGAUCAGACUCAAGUAUAAUUCAAUAAUAAUUCAGAAAGGCAAUGUAAGACUUUUGUGAAUUGCAUGGUGCUCUCACUUAUAGCAUUAAUUACAGCUUUGUAAACUCACGUUCUUUUAUUUUGUAUUUCUUUAAAUUAUUAGAAUGCUUUUAUAAAUUUCAUAACAAAUUCUUAUGGGGAUUUUAUUUUUGUAAUGCAUGCAGUAUGAAACAAACUAUUUUCAUAUAUUUUGUAAAUUUAUAAUGGGACUUUUAUCAUAAAUUCAUAUCAAUAUUUUGGCUUAAAGAUGGUAUUGUAAUAUAAUAUUAUUAAUUGUGCUUUAUACAGAUUUAACAUUUUUUUAA